AAGAUGGAUGAUAUUGCUGUAGUCGGAAUUGGAUGCAAUUUUCCAGGGGGCGAAGGACUUGACAACUUCUGGAAGGUUCUAGUGGAAGGGAAGAACUGCACCGUCGAUAUUCCAGAUGAGCGAUUUGACUGUUCUCAGUGGUACGACCCUGAUGACAGCAAACCUGGCAAGAUCCGGACAAAGAGGGCUGCCCUUAUUAACGGAUUUAAUGAGUUUGACCAUAAGUUCUUUGGCAUCACGGAGGCAGAGGCAGACUUCAUGGAUCCUCAGCAGAAGCUGCUGCUUCAAUGUUCCUACAGAGCACUAGAGGAUGCUGGGAUACCCAUGGAGAAGGCCAGCGGCACCAGGACAGGAGUGUACAUAGGUCUCAUGAACAAAGACUUUGAGAUUCGCAUGAGUAGAAACGCCCAGAUCAUGAACCACUACUUUGCCACGGGCACGGCCAUGAGUGUGGCAGCCAACAGGAUCUCCUACACGUUCAACUUCACCGGGCCGUCGUUUGCUCUGGACUGUGCUUGCUCCUCCUCCAUAGUAGCCCUUCACUCUGCCUGCCAAGGCAUCAGACAGGGUGACUGUGACAUGGCUCUCUGUGGAGGUGUAAGCUGUCUCUAUGAGCCAACCACCUUCGUGGCUCUCAGCAAAGCCAAGAUGAUCUCACCUGAAGGCACCAGCAAACCAUUUUCCAGCAAAGCAGAUGGAUACGGCAGAGGAGAAGGCUGUGGCAUUGUCCUUCUAAAGCCUCUUAAAAAGGCUUUAAUGGAUUCUGAUCACAUCUGGGGUGUUAUCAGCAAAACGGCCGUAAACCAGGACGGCCGCACUGUCACCCCAAUCACCAAGCCAUCCAUGGUCCAGCAGGAGGAGCUGCUCUCCAGACUCUACUCCACAGAAGAUGACCUGGCCAAUGUCCAGUACAUAGAGGCCCAUGGCACUGGAACACCAGUAGGUGACCCAAUAGAGGCAGGGAGCAUCUCUAAGAUCAUAGCCAAAGGUAGACCAACAGGGUCAGGGAAAAUUUACAUGGGUUCUGUGAAGGGAAACAUCGGACACACAGAAUCAGCAGCAGGUGUAGCAGGGCUAAUCAAGGUUCUAUUGAUGAUGAAGCACGAGACUAUUGUUCCCUCUGUAUUCUACACAGAGGCCGGGGCUAGCAUCGACGCUAAAGCACUCAAUGUCAUAGUGCCUUCCCAACCUGAGAAGUGGAAAGCCCCAAGAACGGGGAGGGCAGCUGGGGUAAACAACUUUGGCUUUGGGGGCACCAAUGCGCAUGUGAUUGUCAAGCAGUACAACCAAGUGCCACACUCAGAUGAAGAGGCAAGAAAAUCACAAUACAUUUUCGUCCUCUCAGCAGUGUCAGAAAAGUCUCUUGUCAGCACAAUGGCAGACAUGGCAGAACAGCUAAACAAAGACCCCACAGCUGACAUCCAGGCUCUCGCAUACACAUCAGCGUGUAAGAGAACACAUUUGAAACACAAGUACAGGAAGGCAUUCAGAACCUCUACCCUGACAGAUGUAGUGGCACAGUUGAAAUCAAGUGCUGGCAAAAAGAUCAUUCCCUCCAAACAAGAUGCAAGGUUGGUGUUUGUCUUCUGUGGCAACGGUGUUGCAUACAAAGGCAUGGGCAGUCAGCUCCUGAAAGAGGAGCCUGUGUUCAGGCAGAAGAUUGAAGAAAUUGAUGCUGUCUUCCAGCGUUACCAGUGUCUGAACAUAGUAGAUGCUCUUGGGCAGGAGAGUGGCAGGGACCUUGAUCUGUCAAAACCAGAUGUUGUUCAGCCCCUGUUAUUCGCUGUUCAGGUUGCUCUUGAUGCCCUGCUGAAGCACUGGGGUGUCAGGCCAGAUGCCGUUUUGGGCCACUCUGUAGGAGAGGUUGCUGCUGCUCAUUGCUCUGGCCUGUUGUCCCUUGAGGACGCGUUGAAGGUUGUAUACUACCGCAGCGUGCUGCAGACCAAGGUCACUGGUGGGAAGAUGCUUGUUGUCAGUAACAUGGCGGUGACAGAUGUCCUUCGACAUCUGCCCACAUUUUCAGGGAAGAUCUGUUUGGCCGCCCACAAUAGUCCUACAUCUUGCACUCUCUCUGGUGAUGCAGCCUCCAUUCUGGCGCUGCACCAAACAUUGAGCAACUCUGCAAACAGCAAUACGCUGUUUCUUCAUGUCUUGGAUGUCCCUGCUGCAUAUCACAGCCACAUGAUGGACCCAAUACUUGCAGAGGUAGAGCACAGCAUAGGCACUUUGCAAGCAAACAAAAUAGAGGCAGAGUUGUACUCCACGGUGUCGGGCAAAAUGGCUGACAACCAUGACUUUUGCACUGGCAGUUACUGGUCCAGGAACAUCCGUGAGGCGGUAGAAUUUGAAAAAGCUGUAACAGCAGCAGCCAAAGACAAGACAAACACUGUGUUUGUAGAGAUAGGGCCUAGACGGGCUUUGUACAGAAACAUCCUGGAGACGGUGGGAAAUGACCGUAUUGUCCUGCCAUCAGCGCAACCAGAGAAGGAUCACGAGACACUGCUUACCACUUUGAGCAAGCUGUUCGAGUUAGGUUUGAAUGUUAACUGGCAAGAGUUCUAUGGGGGCAGGCAGAUCAUUCCCACUGCCCUUCCCAGGUAUCAGUUUGACAGUGUUAAAAAAUCAAUGAACUUCCCAUGUGUAUCAGAGGACACAGCAAGACACCAUCCUGUCCUUAAACAGACAGGAAAUGGGGCAAAUGAGUUCAAUUGUGAAUUGUCUAGUGAGGAGCUUUCCUAUCUGUCGCAGCACAAGAACAGUGGGGUUCCAAUCCUCCCAGGAGCCUUAUAUGUUGAGAUGGGCCUGGCAUCCUACAUUGCCAAUGCUAAACCAACUGCACCGCUCACCACGCUACAGCUUGGCAUCAACUUCUUGAGUCCGUUUCUUUUGACCAAGCGUCAGCCUGAGCUGAAGGUGUCCCUUGAGCCAGCUGAGCACGAAACACUCUUCAAGAUUCAUUCUGGAAGUACAAUCUUUGCUUCAGGGAACGUUGAGCGCAGAGCAGUGCAGGCAGUGGAUGAGAGAAACAUCUCAAUGGACUGCAUUUCCAAAAGAUGCACGUCUGUUGUCAAACCUGACGAGCUUUAUCGGAAGUUAGACAUGGGAGGGUUCCAGUAUGGUGGUGUCUUUAGGAACAAGGGGGACAUUUUUUGUGGGGCGGAAUUCAGAGAGGCAUAUUCGGUUGUGAAUGUUCCAGAGGAGUUGCUGGGCCAACUACACGACUUUUGCAUCCAUCCAGUUAUCCUGGAUUACCUGCUGCAAAUGACACUCGUCACAAAUUCCCAAGGAAAUGUGACUAGGCCAGGUUUUCCGGCAGGAAUUGGGAGCAUAGUUGUCCUUGAGCCCCUGCAAGAGAAAAUGGUCAUUUAUUUGAGGGUGACUGACGAUACCAAUGACCACUUUGAAGUGUGUGGCUGCUUUGCAGACACAGAGGGUAGAGUUCUUGUUGAGGUAAAACAUCUUGUUGUCAAGUAUGUGGGGAGUCAGUCUCACGUUGUGGAUGAGUAUUUCUUUCACAACAACUACUGCAACAUUUCAGAGGGCUCAGAGCUCCCAUUCACAGGGAAGGCAUUGGUAUUUUCAGAUCAAAAUGCUAUCUCAGGCGCCCUGAAGCCAUACUUGGGUGUUAGCUCAAAGUACAUCCCCUCAAAACAUGCAAGCACUCUGUUGAAAGAUGGGGUGGCUGCACUGUUCGAGAAGUUGAAAAUCUCAGAUGUGAGAAAGCGAUACACAGACAUUUUGUUUCUGUGGGGCAAUGAGGACUUGUCCAAUCAGACAUCUGAUGAUGCUUUGACAAACAUGGCAAGAUGUUGUGAAAUCUUCCGGCAAAUUGUUAUGGAACUGAGAAAGAUGCAUUUCUCAAACUCUGUCAGAGUAGUCACUUGUCAGUCUUCAGAGACCACAGUGGAACAUGUCAGUGCAGGAUUUGCACUAACGGGCAUGGCCAGAUCGUGUGCCGCAGAGAUAACCACCUUUACUUGUCAGCUGGUAGACAUUGACUCUGCCUCAGCCAAAGACAUCAAAGCCCUGUCUCGUGUCCUGGCCUCAUACCCUUCCAGGGAAUAUCCAGAGUUGGUGGUCAAAGAUGGGCAGAUUCUCCAGCCACAGAUUGCUCACACUGCCAUGCCAGGUGCAGUCGGCCAAGAGAAGAGGGCCCUGUGCUCAGAGGAAAAGCUCUUCACUUUGCAGACAGCAGACCCCUUUGAAAUGACCAGCCUCUCUGCUGUUCCCGCUGAUGAGGAGCCAAGGCAGAUGCCUGAGAAAAGUGUUGAGGUUGAGCUUGAUAAAAUCUGUGUCCACUCGUCAGACUACUAUCCAGUCAGCGUCUCUGACCACAAGUUUGGUCAAACAAUUUAUUGGAACAAACACUCAAAUCAGAGCCAUAAUCUCCUGGCUCUUGAUUUCAGCGGUGUUGUCACCUCCGUGGGGAAGGGCGUGAGUAAGCUUAAAGUUGGAGACAAAAUUGCAGCCUGCUACCCUGUCGCAGCUUCUUCCAAAGUCUUAAUACCAGAGGAUGCUUGCUACAGAACAAAGAAACUUCCAUUUUUGAAAGACCUGCCAUGUGUUUCCUACUACCUGGUGGUCUGGCAAUUACUGCACUCGUAUUUGCCAAAGAUGAAGUCACGUGGCAAGUUAGGCAUCAUCACAUCUGUCCCUGACUCAGGCUUGGUAAAAGCACUGACCCUGAUUGCAAACAAGUCCGGGUGGACUGCCUUUGUUUCCACUGAACUCAGUGGACCACUGCAAGACAUGAACAAAUUUGACGCAGUGGUCUUGUUGCCACCUUUUGAUGAAGCUCUGGUCAUGAAGGCUUCCUCAGUGGCUUGUGUUGAGAAUGUUGUCGUCAUUUGUGGUGGUAAGUCUUCAUGUCCUGUAUCAAAAAACAUACUUUGUGAGGACAAUGGCAUUGCUUGCAUUCAGACCCUAGAGAUAGCUUCCAUCCUGUCUAAAGGUGCUGUCAGGGCAAACCAGCCACGCAUUUAUAAAUGGCUGAAGGCCUUGCACCUUGACAAGAAGGUUUUACAGCUCCCAGCUGCAACAUUUCAGAGGGGCACAACCGGAAGCAUUGUCCUUUUGCCAUUGGAUGAGCCAGACUCUUACUUUGGCAUCAGAACUAUGCCCAUGGUGGUACUUAAUGAAGACGAUGGAAAGCAUGCAAUUUCUGACAUUCCACUGCUUCCAAAAGAACACAGACUGUUCCAUAAGAACUGUGUGUACAUUGUGACCGGUGGACUCACUGGACUUGGGUUUGAGACAGUAAAAUUCAUUGCAGAGAGAGGUGGGGGGUACGUCGUUAUUCUCUCCAGAAGCAGCCCAAAAUCUGAGCUGCAACAAGAGAUCAAUGAUGUGAAGCAGCAGUCUGGGGCUGUGAUUGUCAGUUUGCAGUGUGACAUCACAGUCACGGAGCAAGUCAACACAGCCAUCAGUACCAUUGAGGAGAAUUUCCCAGCUUGCCCAAUUAAGGGGAUUUUUCACAGUGCAGUCGUGCUCCAUGAUGCCCUCAUUGAAAGCCUUGACCAAUCCCUCUAUGAAAAGGUCUUGAAGCCUAAAGUGAACGGAGCACUGAAUCUGCAUAAUGCCACCAAACACUGUAACCUGGAGUACUUUGUGUGCUACUCCUCUAUUUCCGCUUUCAUUGGGAACGCCUCUCAGACAAAUUAUGCAGCUGCCAAUACCUUCCUCGACAUAUUCUGUCACUACAGAAGGAGGCUUGGACUUGCUGCGCAGUCCAUCAACUGGGGUGCUCUGAACCUCGGCCUUCUGCUGAACAAAGACCACCUGCAGAAAUUUCUGGAGGCCAAGGGGAUGAUGGUGAUGGAGGGUCCGGAUAUCCUCCAGAGCUUGGAGCAGUGUCUCCCUUUGAACCGACCUCAGCAGGUGAUUUGCAAGUUCAACUUCAAAACCAUGUACCACCACGUUUUCACACAGAACCCCUCUCUCUCCAAGCGCCUGCUCUCACUGGUUGAGAGUGACCUGACGGAUGCCGAAAUGGCCAAUCCAACAGCAGCGCAUAAAGAGCUGCCCUUUGCUCCGCAGGAGUUUGUUAGGGCCUUAGUCAGUCAGACCUUGGGUAUGGAGCAGGAUGAGGUGAACGAUGACAUGUUCCUCUCUGCUCUUGGGGUUGACUCAAUGUUAGGCAUGACUCUGCAGAACGCCAUCUUCCUGGAGAGAGGUGUAAAUGUACCUCUUGUUAAAUUACUGGAUCCCAACUGUACUGUUGCUAGCCUGGCUGCCAUACUGAUGGAAAAUGCACCAGAGGGUAGUGGAGACGGUAAUGAUCAAACAACACUGUAGAUUGCACUUUCAGUGACCUGCCAAAGGACUUCUUAAGCAUCUUUUGAGAAGUGAUAAUGACUAUAAUGAUCAAUUGCACAUUGCUCAUUAGUUUGAUUGUAUGCUAAUUGCCACAUCGCUUUUAUAAAUGUAUUGAGAGAGGCAAAUGGAAAUUAUACAAAAUGAUUUCACCAUUGUUUUUGCGAAGGAAAUGUAAAAAGACUAUCAUGUAUUUUGGUAAAAUGCUAUUUAUGCACGUUUAAAACUUUAAUGCACUUUAAAACUGCAUAUACUCAUGGUUAUGUUUAAUGUUGAGGGUGAACAUCGUUUGCUCACCAUUUUCAAUCAGCACAUGGUUCUAAACAGCAUAUUAGGCUAUGUGUGGUCUCUACCACUUAUAUCACUUUACACCUCAAAAUGUGGUAAUUAUAUUGCAUUUAUUUGUAACAUGUAAAGUGUGAUGUUCAUGCAGCUGUAAUAUUCUGUAUACC